UCUGCCCUAUUUUGAGCAUUUGAAGAAGUACAGAGUGACGCCAACCAAGAUUGAAGAAAACUGGGGGCGGCAAACCCACUAAACGCUCCCGAAAAGCUUAGCUUUCGACUAAUCGAUAGAUCGCCCAAUCGACAGCCCCACACCAAACAACGACAGCAGCGUCAUCAGCGCCUACGUCGCCACCUCGGGCCGGACGACUUGUCAGCAUAGCCACCCUGUUCGCCCAAGUGAUUGAAAUAGUAUAGUACCUGCAGCCAGCCCGUAAACCCGUAAGACACGCGUCCCGGGUUCCCUAAAACCAAGGAAAACAAUAACUCCCCGGCUGCCCCGGAAACACUGCGGUUCUUUGUUCAUUAUCCACUCACUCCGCAACCAAGCUUUUGCGCACUGCCUACCAAGCACUGCGCUGAGAAAGCUUCGACUACCCGUUCACUCAUUACCUACAUUCGUUAUCGGCAGUCAGUAUGGUGAUGUGGAAGCCCGUUGUCUCUGCUGCUGUGGCGGCGCUAGCCACCAGCGGGGCGAAGGCAGCCAGCUACGACGACAUACCAGACAUUGAGGUCUAUGGCCAACAUUUCUUCUACACAAAUAACGGUUCGCAGUUCUAUCUGAAGGGUGUCGCAUACCAGCAGAACUACUCUCCCAAUGGCUCGACAAGCGCCGAUACGAAAUAUACAGAUCCAUUAGCCGACGGCGACGCCUGCCGACGAGACAUUCCCUACCUCAAGCAGAUCUAUACAAACGUCAUUCGCGUAUACGCUAUCGAUCCGACCCAAAACCACGAUGACUGCAUGGAGCAGCUGGCUAGCGCAGACAUCUAUGUCAUCUCCGACUUGGGCGAGCCUGGCACAUCGAUCGAGUCGAACAACCCAGAGUGGGACGUUACGCUGUACCAGCGAUACACAGGCGUUAUUGACGCGCUGAGCAAAUACAGAAAUGUCAUCGGUUUCUUUGCUGGCAACGAGAACGUUAGCAGUGAUAACCAAACCGCUGCUGCCGGAUUUGUCAAGGCUGCUGUCCGCGACACCAAGACGUAUAUCCAAAACCAAAACUACCGCAACACGUUAGGUGUGGGUUACGCGACUGCCGAUGUGCCGUCGCGCAAUGAGCUUGCGCACUACUUCGCAUGCCAGCCCGGCGACUCGGGAAACAAGACGUCCAUCGAUUUCUGGGGCUACAACGUCUACUCGUGGUGUGGCGACAGCAACUACGCUUCUUCUUCCUAUGGCGAGCGCGUCGAUUUCUUCUCCGACUACCCCGUCCCUGUCUUCUUCGCUGAAUACGGAUGCAUUGAAGGUUUGGAUGAUGGUCCCACCAGCCGUCCAUUUACAGAAGUCGAGGUUCUUUACGGCAACAUGACUGACGUCUUUUCUGGUGGUAUCGUCUACGAGUGGUUCAUGGGUGAAAACGACUAUGGACUCGUUUCGCUCGUUGAUAACGGCGCCAGUGUAUCACCAUACCCCGACUUCACAUCUCUACAAAGUCAGCUUGCGUCCGCCACUCCAACUAUUACUCAGCGCUCUGAAUAUACCCCCACCAACUCAGCGCCUGCCUGCCCCUCAGUCGGUGGAUCAUGGCUCGCGCAAGCCUCGCCACUGCCUCCGAACGUCAACCCCCAGCUAUGCGCUUGUAUGGUAGACAGCCUACAGUGCGUCUACAAAUCUGACGAUGACGACAAGUAUGCCGACGACUUCAACUUUAUCUGCGGCGAGAACGAAGAUUACUGCAACGGCAUUGCACGCAACUCCACGACCGGUGACUUUGGUGCCUACUCUGGCUGCGACCCCAAGGACCAACUUGCUUUUGUCGCAAACCAAUACUACAUUGGCCAGAAGAAGCGCGCAGAUGCUUGCAGCUUCUCCGGAAGAGCUAGCAUCCAGAGCGCAACCACUGCUGGAAACUGUGCCUCGCUACUGAGUGCGGCGGGCAACAAGGGUGAUGGCAGUGUACCUGAGGCUACGGGCAAGGGCACUGCGGCUGUAAGUGGUGGCAGCGGAAGUGGUGGUGCAGCAAGCUCCAGUUCUGAGGGUGCUGCUCCCAGCGUCAAUGCGCCUGGUUUCUUCGCCCAUGGCGAUCUCGUCAUGGGCAUGUAUGCUGUUCUGGCAGCGGGUAGCUUACUCGGUAUGCUUGUACUAUAAGUCAGCUGAGGAGUGACAUGGUAAUAUAGUAUUCUUGGAUGAUGUCAACGAACAUAUGUGGUCAAAGUGGGGAGAGAUAUCUUUUGGCGUUAAGUAUCUAUUGAUACACAUGAGCAAUGUAUUUCAGCUGUUUUCUAUACUUGAAC